CGCGAUGAAACUUCCAGGAAAAACCUCAGUGAUAGUGGUGCAAGUAUUAUUGAUUGGAGUAGAAAAAACUAGGCGAAGACAAUACAGAUAUUUAGAGUAAAAUAGUUUAAGAGUUAACUUAGGAUCUAAGAAAGUACACCAAGUGAGUGCACCUACACCAUUACAAACCAGUCUCCAACCAUUGCUUAUGUUAGCCACUCAGAUCCCAACCAUUUUGUCUACACCUGCGUACACGGCUCAGUCCAACAUCCAUUGUCUUUAUGGAUUGAUCUCAUAUCUUGUUUUAACUUCCCCUUACUUUCUUCUAACGUACAUUAGCGAACGUCGUUGAUCAAGAUAGUUGAUGGGUGGGGGUACGUUAUAUGCCUUAACUAUGUCAGUUAACUAAAGUUCGCUACCUCACCAAUCGAUUUACCUUCCAUACCGGAUGUCCUGAGUCUAACUUCAAGGGUCCCAACAUAAUAAGCAAUGCUUCGAAGGCAUCUACUCCGGGUGACCGUAAGUUUGACCACAGACGAAGGAUGUUACGUACUAAAAUCGGGCAAAGCUUGCGUAACGUAAGGACCGAGAAGCCUGGUGGUCAGAGCGUGCUAAUGACCUGAAAGCAGCAGCUGCAUCUGGUAAUUACUGGGAGCUCUUCCAACUCAUCCGAGCCACUGGCAGCAAGAAGUUUGGUGUGAGCGAAACAAUCUGCGAGGAUGACGGAACGCCAGUCACUAACAUCCAUCGACGUCUUGGACGAUGGGCGGGAUUCUUCGAUGGGCAGUUCAACUGGUCUACUGCUCCGGCAACAUCGGUCAGACUAUCCUGCCCUCCAUAGCCGGUGACGACUGAUCCACCAAAUGAGGCGGAAGUCCGCAAGGAACUCCAACUCUUGAAACGUUACAAAUCACCGGACCCAGACGACUUACCUCCGGCUCUUUUUAAAGAUGGUGGUGACUUUCUGACUCAGGGACUGACGACGUUGUUUGCAAAGGUCUGGGAACUAGAGAGUGUACCAACGUCAUGGAAUGAGUCGAUAGUUGUCCCUAUCUUUAAAAAGGGUUCACUUGGUUCCUGUAACAACUAUCGGGGGAUAAGUCUACUUCCGAUUGCGUCCAAGCUAUUGGCUUCCGUCAUACUUCGUAGGUUGUUCAGAACCCGAGAAAGAUUGACUCGCGAGGAGCAGGCUGGGUUUCGUUCCGAUCGAGGAUGUAUUGAUCAUAUCUUCACCCUCCGCCAAAUGUUAGAACAACGCCAUACUUAUCAAAGGCCAACAAUCGUAGUGUUUCUUGACAUCAGGGCUGCCUUCGAUUCGUUGGAUAGGACUGUUCUCUGGGAUUGUCUAUUGAAGAAGGGUGUGCCUGAGAAGUUUAUUAACAUCCUAAAAGCCCUAUACGCAAACACCUCAGGCAGAGUGAGGGCAUACAAUCACCUUUCUCCAUUGUUCCAUUCAAGCAGUGGGGUUAGACAGGGUUGCCCAAUCUCACCAUUCCUCUUCAACUUUGCCAUCGAUGACAUUCUGGAAACAGCUCUGACGGAUGUAAGUAAUGGUGGUGUGGAUCUGUUGCCUGGAGAAAGACUUCUCGACCUUGAGUAUGCGAAUGAUAUUGUCUUACUGUGCGAGAAUGCCCAAGUCAUGCAAUCCUCAAUUAAUCAGUUGGUAAUCAGAGUCCGUAGGUAUGGUAUGUGCUUUGCACCUUCGAAGUGUAAAGUACUUUUACAAGAUUGGCAGGAUUCUAAUCCUGUACUCACUCUGGAUGGUGAGCAGAUAGAAGUGGUCGAGAAGUUCGUGAAUCUGGGUAGCUGCAUAAGUGCUGUUGGUGGCGUGAGUGAUGAGAUCAAUGCACGUAUAGUGAAAGCCAGAGCGACUUAUGCCAAUCUGGGCCAUCUUUGGCGCCUUCGUGAUGUUAGUCUGGCUGUAAAAGGUCGGAUCUACAACGCGUCGAUGAGAGCAGUUCUGCUCUGUGGUUGUGAAACCUGGCCUCUCCGAGUUGAGGAUGUUAGACGACUCUUUGUGUUCGAUCAUCGCUGUCUCCGAAGGAUUGCUAACAUCCAGUGGCAACACCAUGUUAGUAGUGCAGAGGUUCGGCAUCGUGUGUUCGGGCUCACAGACGAUAAUGCAAUUGGUGUCACCAUCUUGAAACACCAGCUUCGCUGGCUUGAACAUGUUCUACGAAUGUCGUCCCAGAGAAUUCCACAUCUUGCAUUAUUUGCCGACUCUGGGACUGGUUGGAAAAAGCGGAGAGGUGGUCAGUAUAUGACAUGGUGUCGUGGUAUGAAAGAAAGCUGCAAAGGGCUGGCUUGUGUUGGUUCUUCACGACUCCCUGGCUGGGGUCCGAGAGAUGGUGUAACACAGUGGCUAGAGACGUUAUCAGAUAUGGCUCAGAAUAGAAGCCAGUGGCGAUCGUGCUGUAACCUUCUUUUACUUUCUUCAUAAAAAGUGGCUGUAUCCUCCUUAAAUUUGCUGAGUGUUCAGUAUGUCGUCAGAAGAUGAUUGGUCGAAGCUACCCACUCUGUCCAAAGUACAGCACAAGCUCUGGAACGCACGUGUGGCGGGAUACGAAGAAGCUUUCAAAAUAUUUUCAACAGAGACAAGUGGAAAAAGUCCUGUUUUUAACGAAUAUGUUGGAUUGAUGAAGAAGUUCGUGACUGAUCCUCAUGCUGGAGCUCAGGAAAAAGCUUUGGAUGCUGUCUUAGCAUACGUAGAAACAGCUGCAGCAGCAACAAAAUGCGCUGGAGAUAUUUGUUCUGGUAUCAUCUCAAAAUGUCUGGGUUCUACUCGAAUGAAAACAAAAGACAAGUCAAUUGAGUGCCUACUGAUGCUGAUAGAAAUUGAGCGCCAUGAAUUAGUAAUAGAAGAGCUCAUUAAAGGUUUAUCAACUAAAAAUCCAAAGGUUGUUGUCGGAAGCUUACAGACGCUUCGUGAAGCUCUAAAUCUUUUUGGCCCAACUGUUGUUCCGAUCAAACCUCUUUUUAAAGAGUUUGGACGACUACUUGAUGAUCGAGACCAAGGGAUUCGAAAUGAGACGAAAAAUCUCAUCGUUGAGGUCUACAGAUGGAUAGGAGUAACCACAAAAGACCUAUUAAAGGAUAUCAAGCCAGUUGUGAUGACUGAGUUAUGUGAAUUAUUUAACUCUAUUCCACCCGGAAAACCUGUUCGAUUGAGAUAUUUACGUAGUCAAAAACCUAAAGAAAUUACUCCAGAUACUGGGGCUGAAAGUGGUCCCAGUGAUGGCGCUAUUCCAGGUGAAACCCUAACCGACCAGGUUGACUUGGAUGAUAUGAUUACUCCUGUUGAAGUUCUUAGCAAAAUCCCCAACGAUUACUGGCAACAAAUAGGGGAAAAGAAGUGGCAAGAUCGGCGUGACGCUUUAGAGACACUUGAAAAAUUUACGAACGUUCCUAGGAUUGUUCCAGGUGAUUUCACAGACCUCGUGAGAAGCUUGAUUCAGGUUGUAAAUAAAGAUACUAACAUAAUUCUGGUGACUCUUGCUGCUAAAAUUUUGGGACAAAUAGCAAGAGGAUUAAAAUCUAAGUUCAGUCCUUACUCCCAACAAACCUUACAAGCGUGUUUAGGGAAGUUUAAAGAAAAGAAGCCUAAUGUUGUUCAAGCUCUAAGAGAAUCUGCUGAUGGUGCUAUAUCUUCGACUUCACUAGAUCAUUUUGUGGAUGAUAUUGUAGCCGCAUUAAGUCACAAAACACCUAAUGUACGUGCAGAAGCAGCCUUAAUUCUAAGUAGAGCGUUCAAAAAAUGUUCUGCCAUAUCACUAAACAAAAAGAUUUUGAAAUCAUUUACUGUACCGUUAUGUGUAACAUGCAACGAUACUGUUCCUGAAGUGCGUGAAUGUAGUUUUGCUGCUCUUGGUGCUGCAAUGUUCGUCGUGUCGGCAAAAACUAUCCAGCCCUUUCUCAGCGAACUUGAUCCCAUCCGGCUGGCGAAAAUCAAUGAAUGUUGCGAACAAAUAGCGUCUGAGCUUAGUAAUUCAAAUAACUCUGGUAACCAACCAACUGCUACUUCGACACAUAUGUCUACAUCUGCUAAACCCAAUACUGCACCACGUCGUGCAGCACCACCAGUCACUCGUCCCAAUACAGCGUCCAGCGUCACUGGACAAGCUAAUUCCGAAUGUGCUACUAAAACACCAACCUCUGGGCCAUCUAAUAAAAAAUCUACAGCACGUACGAAAUCUGUUGUUGAGAAAUCGAAAUUCACUAUUCCAACAGAAAACUUGUUAACAGAGGAUGAAAUAUUUCAGAAAGCUUCUGAACUUCUUGGGGAAGCACUUAUCAAGCAAUUAUCUGAUACGAAUUGGAAAGAACGCUUGCAAGCGGUUGAACAAAUGAAGUCUAACAUACAUUCGUUUACCAGUUCUGACGUACCUAUUCAAAUUUUGUGUCGUGCUGUUCUACUUAAGCCUGGAAUCAAGGAUACUAAUUUUCAGGUACUGCGCUCUCGAAUUGAGUACAUCAAUGCAGUUUUGUCUUUAAGCAUCUCUAUCAGUUCAAAUUUGGCCGAGUUACUUUUAUCAGAUUUGAUUGAUAAGGUUGGUGAUACGAAAGUCGGUGAUGUCACAAAAAUCGCGAUGACAAAAUUGGCUGAGAAAACAAGUCUCGAAUUAGUUGGUGGUUUUAUAAUGCGCACACUAUUUCAGAUUAAAAAUCCUCGCAGUCAGACCGAAGGUUUAGCUUGGUUGAAUCAAAGCAUUCAGGAAUUCGGAUUUUGUAUUCCACCACAAGAAGUUGGACCACUUCUAAAAACAGGCCUAAAUGCAACUAACCCUUCUGUUCGACAAAAUUCACUAAAUCUUGCUGGCACUAUUCAUUUAUAUCUCCAUGAUCGUUUGGCAGCUCUGUUAGCGGAUGAGAAACCGGCUUUGAUUACGUUACUGAACGUGGAAUUCGCGAAAAACAAAGAUAAAAAAGCUCCUGUUCCGACUCGUUUUUCUGCUGCCCAAACCCUUCUCAAAGAUUCAAUGUCUACUGAACCCAGCGGAACUGAAGCAUUGUCUGGAGAUAUAGGAACUACUGGUCGAAUAGAGGAGAUGGACUCUGAUGUGUUACUUCCAAAAGUAGAUAUCAGUGACCGAUUCACAGCUGAACUCCUGGGACUUCUGAAAAGCAAGAUCUGGAAAGAACGUCUAGAAGCACUGACUACUAUUGAAAAAUUUAUAUCUCCUUCUCAUUUGAUUGACGCUUCAAACGGAAAGCUUCAAGAACCUUUGACUAUGAUAGCUAAGGCAGCUAAUGAUGUGAAUAAAAACUUGGCCAAACAAGCUUUAAUAAUCCUGUCUUCCUUUGCUUCAUCAAUGCCGAAAUCGGACGCUGUGAAUUACAUAAAGUAUGUUGAACCCCCUAUUUUACUCUGUCUUGGUGAUUCAAAAGUUCAAAUACGUGAGGCAGCUGUAACUGCACUUAGCUCUUGGCAAAGUCGAGUUCCCAUUUUAUCAGUAUUUGAAAAUGACAUGUUAGCUGAUGCCUUAAAGAUGGAAAAUCCGUUUUUACGAGCCGAAUUACUACGUUGGCUUCAAGAUGUUCUCUCACCUAUGCCAUUAAACGCCCUGCGGAAAAACGCUUCAGAAAUAACAGAGAAUUUAAUACCUCAGGUAUUUGCUUCUCUUGAAGAUCGUAAUGUUGAAACUCGUAAACAAGCCCAACUAGUUCUUCCUUCAUUAAUACAAGUUUUUGGCUGGGAACCUAUCUUAAAGUCUACCAAUCGUUUGAAGCCUACCUCAAAGGAUUCGAUUAUGCCUCAUUUGGAGAAAGCUCGUGAAAGUGUAGCUAAUUCACAUCCCUCAUCCAUGGAAAGAAAAACCGCUUCUCCACCUAAAGCUGUACGUGUAGGUAAUGGAGCACGUCCACAACCUUCCUCAAACGCCCCAGCUACUACUCCAGAAAAUAGCGAGGAAUCUGAAAGUGCUACACAAUCUUCAGGCAAUACGUCAAAGUCUGUUUCCGAUACAAAGAAAAAGGCUGAUAAUAAAAAGUCUAUUAACACAUCUAAAAAGUCAGGUCCGGAACUGGCAACGACAUCCAUAAUUCUUCCGCCAAAUAAGUCAGCUAAGAGUUCCAGGUUAAAUGAUGAGAAAAAACGCAAGCUUUUAAAAUGGGAUUUCGAUGCCCCAACAAAAGACCACAUACAACAAUUAAGUACAUUAUUCACUGCAGCUGGAACUGCUCCUGAAUUUCAUGCACUUUUGUUUCAUACCGACUUUAAACAACACAUUAAGGCGAUCGAACAGCUUUCUCAAUUACUAGAUACCACUGAAGGCUGUGAGGCUACUGUAAUAAAUGUGGAUAUUAUCUUGAGAUGGAUUGUUCUACGAUUCUUUGAAACUAAUCCGGUUGUUUUAGGCAGAUGUAUGGAUUAUCUAACAAAAUUAUUCGUUUUUAUGUCCGAGUCUGGAGCAAAUCUUUCUGAACAUGAAGGUGGUUCAUUUCUUCCUUACUUGGUAAUGAAAGUGGGUGAACCUAAAGACAUCAUUCGACAGAAUAUUCGGGGAAUAUUAAAACUUGUGGUUAAUCUCUAUCCACCCAGUCGUCUAUUCACAUUUCUCACUAAUGGGACUAAGGCCAAGACAAGUAAAACAAGACAAGAGUGCUUGGAUGAGAUGGGUUCUCUGAUUGAUCGUUUUGGACUAAAUGUUUGCCAGCCUUCUAUUCCUGUCGCAGUCAAAUUGAUCGCUCAACAAAUUGGUGAUCGUGAUAGCGGAGUCCGAUCAGCAGCUUUGAAUGCUUUACUUUCUGCGUAUGCUGUUAUUGGUGAACAGUUAUGGAAGGUUGUCGGUGAUAUACCAGAAAAAGAACGUUCAAUGCUGGAAGAACGUAUCAAACGAGCUGGGCAAAUGCCAAUCAAUACUGUAGAUAAUUUUGAACCAAAAACACCGUCUGUAAGACCGAGCACUGCAAGACGCGAUCCAUCAGAUUCACGUAAUCCUCUAGAGCCUGUUCCUAACGAAUUUCGCCGUCAGCAACCGGUUUCUGCGGCUCAUGCUAGAGCGCGUGCUAUGUUGAAUGAACUAGGUGAUUUAUCACCUGAGAAAGCUCCAUGUAUGCCUCCACUUAUUCAGUUGGAUGCUGAUAUAAAUGAUCUCUUCCAACCAGUUGAAAUUCCAGCAUUGAAAGCACACGUGCGCCAGCCUGUUCUCAAUGCACUGUUACGAACAAGUCCUGAUACUGCUUCUGCGAUCACAAUGGUCGUAACGGCUAUAUCUUCCAAUGAUUUACUAAUCAGUUGUCAUGCUUUGGCAGAAAUCGACACUGUUCUUAGAGAUGAAAAGUGGUACCUUUUACUCAAUCAUGUCAAUCAAGUCCUGAUGCUUAUUACAAUGCAGUUACGCCAAGUUACUUCGCGAUAUUUUGGAGAUCCUUCAGUUUCAGAGGAGCAGUUGCAUACAUUAAUUCGGUCUCAUUUGGCCACUAUUGAAUCUCUUUUUAGUCGUCCAACAUUAGGUCGCGAAGCUUCACGGGAAACUUUAAGAGAAUUAUCCCAGUCUCUCCUUCAAAUGAUGUUGGAUGAAAGGACUGCUGAAAUGUCCAGUGGAGAAAAUGUUAUCAGAUCGAUCAAUGCACUAUUUGUUCUUAUUUUAGAGGCUUCCAAUGGAACACGUAUACUCAGUGCGCUCAUUCGGUUACUACAUGAGUGUAUCAGUAACGGACACUUUACAAAUCGAUUCACACAAGCUAUCCUCAAAAGUAUAUGGCGUAUUACCAAGGGAAUGAAUACUGCAUUUAAUAAUUACUCUGUGGAUGUCAUACUUCUGGACUGUCAUCAUUUUUUAAAGGCUUUCCCACCUUCCUCAUGGAGUGCGCGGAAAUCAGAUGUUCCUUUAAGAACAAUCAAAACCCUAUUGCAUGUAUUAUGUGGCCUCCAAGGUCCAUCAAUUUUACAGUUUCUGGAAAGUAUACCUAAUAAGGAAGAUUCAGAACUGGAGUCCUACCUCAUUCGUACACUAAAAACUACUUCAGGAGUUACAACAACCUCUGAUUCCAAAAAAAUACUGGCCUCUGAAAGUCAUUCAAAAGGAUUUGUACUUUCUACUGCAACUCGCGAGAAAUUAACCGAAAUAUUCAAGAAGGUCGGAUCUAAGAAACCUGAUGAAGGUUUAAACGAACUAUAUGAUUUUACCCAGCUAUAUCCAGAUGUAGAUUUAUCAUCAUAUUUAACAAACACAAGCCAAUUUUUCCAAGCCUACAUAAAACAAGCUUUACGAAAUAUAGCUGUUGAACGCGCCCGUCAGGCUAGACUAAAUGUAAAUGACAAAGAACCAAACACAUUAGCAGCUCAUCAAACUAAUGGCAUUUUAGCGCGUCCUAAUUGGAAUCCAGAUUUUGAUGCAGAUAUCUCCAAUGGCCAACUAACUGAUCCCAAAGUAUUUAUGAAUCGAUUGGCGAUGCUACGAAGAGAACUGGGUCUUGGUGGUGUAUCCACAACGAACAUUGAUGAUAAUAUUGGGCCAUCUGAUGAAGCUGGAAUACAAAAUACGGCUUUUGAAUCAACUCUUCGAAAUAUGGUUCAACCAAAAGGCGAUUCUCCUGAUGAAAAUAUUCAACCUGAAACAGAACAAAGGCCUACUAUGUCCACCACUGAACUAAUGGAUUUGAAACGAAGACUAGAUCGAAUCAAAAGUGCCCAAAAGCAUUAACAGUUGCUUUGUGUGAUAAAAUAGUCUUCCAGUGCAUCUAAACUUCCAAUUAUUUACGUUCACUAACUUCUACUUUUCAUAUGUAAAUAUUUCUUAGAGGUUCGUUAUGAGAUUUUUAUGUCCAAACUUUUACGUAUUACACAAAAAAGUACGUAACUAAAUAUACAUGUGAUCUUUAACUAAAUUGUCUUUAUACCAGUAAACAUUUUUUUACAGAAAAACAGUUAAUUGUACAAACUGUCUAUUAAUUAAAUAUGUGUUUAAAAUUCAUGAAAAUGAUUAAGGGUUUGGAGACUCG